CCAUUAACCCCUAGCCAUAUCCAUUGGGGGAUAGCUUGGGGAAUGCGAACCCCGCCACGCUAUAAGCUAGGCCUCUCUCAUCGCCCCAGCCAGUUCACAACGAACAUCGCUCCUCUUCCUCAAGUCAGCCGUCUCCUUCCCGGCGAGCAAAAUGGUCUCCGCCGACGCAGCUCGCAACAUCAUCGGCAUCAUCGGCAAUGUCAUCUCCUUCGGGCUCUUCCUCUCCCCUACGCCGACGUUAUGUCGGAUCUGCAAGGCCAAGGAUGUGGAGGAGUUCAAGCCGGACCCCUACCUCGCGACGCUGCUCAACUGCAUGCUCUGGGUCUUCUACGGCCUCCCCAUCGUCCACCCCAACAGCAUCCUCGUCGCCACCAUCAACGGCAUCGGGCUCGUCAUCGAGGGCGCCUACCUCAUCAUCUUCUUAAUCUACUCCACCAACAACAAGCGGCUGAAGAUGCUCGGCGUGCUCGCCGCCGAGGCGGUGUUCAUGGUGUGCGUGGUGAUCGGCGUGCUCCUCGGCGCCCACACCCACGAGAAGCGCUCCAUGAUCGUCGGCAUCCUCUGCGUCAUCUUCGGCUCCAUCAUGUAUGCCUCCCCGCUCACCAUCAUGGGUAAAGUGAUCAGGACCAAGAGCGUGGAGUACAUGCCAUUCUUCCUGUCGCUGGUGAACUUCCUCAAUGGGUGCUGCUGGACGGCCUAUGCGCUCAUCAAGUUCGAUCUCUAUGUAACGAUCCCCAAUGGCCUUGGCGCUUUUUUCGGCCUCGUCCAGCUGAUCCUCUACGCCUGCUACUACAAGUCGACCCCGAAGAAGGAGAAGAACGUCGAACUGCCCAACGCCAUCAACAACAACAUUAGCGGAGGCAGCGAUAACGUCUCCGUCACCGUCGAGAGAUAAAACCUGGCUUUGCAGCAGUAGCAAGCCCGCCGUCGCCGAUCAAAUCCGGCCCACCAACGGCUGAGAUUUUAGCCAAAAACAUGUUGAAUAGUUAUGAAUUCCUGGUGACGCUUCAGCAAGUGUGGUGCUAGCUAGUACCAUUUGUUAGGCAGAGUCGUCUAAGUGUGCCUUUGUUUCGUGAACCAUUGUCGUCUGUAUAGUGCAAAACUGAUGGAACAAUGUAUACGUAGCUGAGUUGUCCGAGAUAGUGAAUGAGACCAUGCUUGUCA